AUGACCUACGCAGACCAACAAGACCACGACGAAGGCGUGACGCAGCCAACGCGCAUGUCUCCCUCUGGUAAGGACAAGGGCGGUGGGGAAGCUGUGGACAAGGCGUUGCAGGAUGUCCCCAAGUCCAAUGACACCAAAGCUACAGACGAAACCCCAGACGAUCCAGCGACCGGCCCCUCGGGCGACACCGGAGGCGACGACGACGCGGCAGAAGACACGUCGGUCGUGGCGAUCUCCGUGGAUGAAGAGGCACAAAAGCCCAAGGAUACCUCUGAUGCAGCUGAAACCUCGGUCGACAGCGCGUCGGAUUCGCGCAAGCGGCCGGGGUCCCCCAACUCGGACUCGGCGCAGCGCGACAAACGCGCUCGUGCUGAAGAGGGGAGGACGUUGGAACAGGGUGCGGAGCACGAAAAGAGCGCAUCCGAGCCCCCUGCACUGCAGCCUCCUGUGACAUCGACGUCCAAGGCGCCGUCGGCGAGCCCAGCCCCGCGUGGGGAGCGCCAUGGUUCUGCUCUGCUACAGGAACAGACGCUGUGGGGGGAAGACACAGGGACCUUGAAUGUAUAUGUCUGGGAUUAUCUGCGGCGGCGCAACUUCUCACGGACGGCGCAGGCCUUCCGGGAGGAAUGCGAUCUGCCAGAAGAGCCCGAGGUGCCUCUACAGACCCCCAAGGGGCUCUUGUUUGAGUACUGGAGCGUUUUCUGGGACGUGUUCACCGCGCGGGCCGGACGAGCGAGCAAGGAGGCGAACGAGUACAACGACUUCUUGGAGUACCGCCGUUCGCAGCGGAUCAACAAGGCGAAGAGCAAGAGCAGUUUACUCGGACCGAGCCUCUUUCCUGACGCCACGGCGUCAGCGGUGGCGGGGUCGUCCCAGCAGGAUCUGGCGCUGAACCUAGCACCGGGCAACCCGCUGCAAUCGGCGAAUGCAGCGCAACGCCUGAUGAUGGGUGACCAAGACGCGGCAGCGGCAGCCACGCUGAUCCCGCCUGCGACGUUGCCCUCUGCGACGCCUGCACCUCAGCCGCUCGCGGCGAAUCAGCAGGCGCAUGCCCAGCAGCAGCAUGCCCAGCAGGCACCAGCGCGGCAGGCCGAGCAGCAGGCCGGCCAGCAGACGCCGACGAAACCACCUCAACCUCCGCUCACCCAGCCUGCGCAGCAGCCCCAGGGCCAGGGCGCGUUGCCGCAACGUGCCCCUGGAUCACAGCAGCAGACGCCUGCGCCCCAGAUGCCGGUGCAGAUGGAUCAGACACAGGUGCAGCAGCAGCAGCAGCAGGCCGUGCCGCAGCAUGCGCAAGGGGGUCAGAUGCCGAUGACGAAUGCGCACGCGACACAACAGCAGCAGCUUCAAAUGCAGCAGGCACUCGCGCGUGCGCAACUUGGCCAAGGCUGGAAUCCGGGUGCGCUGACGCCACAGCAGCAGCAAAACCUACUGAUUACGGCGGCGUUGCGUCAGGGUAUUCCGCUGGAAGAGCUCAAGAACAUGGCUCCUGCGGCGCGUCUUUCAUUGUUUGGCAGCCUCAUUCCCAAUGCUGCUGCACUGCAGGCGCAGCAGGCGCAGCAGGCGAACCGACCUGAUGCACAGAUGCAGGCGCGGCUCUUGCUGCAGCAGCAGCAGAUGCAGAAUCAGGCUGCGCAAGCGAACAAGACGCAACCCUCAUCGCCCGCUGCGAUACAGGCCCUGUUUAACCGGCAGCCGCAGCGCAUGACACCUUCAAUGCAGCUGGGUCCGAACAACAAGGCGCCUGGCUCUGGUAUGCACGAUGAGUCGCAGCAUGCCAAUGCCAACUCCAUGAAUGCUCCGGGACAGGAUACCCCGAGCAUGCAGGGCGCUGCAGGCCAGCAUGAUAUGGCCGGACGGCCCAUGACACCUUUUAACCGCGACCCUUCUCAGAACGGCGCCCAAGGACACCUUCCGGGUGCGGCGCAGCAGACUGCUGCUCAACUCAACCCUCAGCAGCGCCAGAUGCUUGUGAUGCAAUACCAGGCGUUGCAAACGGCUGUUAAAAACGAGUGGAUGAAGGCGCAGAGUGCCCCGUCGCCGGCGAUCGCGCAGCAGUUCUUGGUCAAUGCUCAGCAGCUUCAAAGCAAGGCGCAGUCAAUCGUGACCUUGUUGCAGAAUGACCCUGCGCAGCAGCAGACCCAGGCGGGUUUCUCGGGCGGGGGCCAAAACCAAGGCAUGAACCCAAUGUUCCAGCUCCAGCUCCAGCUCCAGCAGCAGCAGGCUCAGCAGCAGGCUCAGCAGCAGGCUCAGCAACAGGGACAGCAUACACAGGGCAUGCAAGGGCAGCAGGUUGGUGCGCAGCCUGGGCAGGGCCAGCAGCAACAGCAGCAGCAGCAGCAGGUGCAGGGCCCUAAUGCCAUGGCUGCGUUGAUGAACCACCAGGUGAUGCUGCAGCAACAGCAACAGCAGCAGCAGCAGCAGCAGCAGCAGCAGCAGCAGCAAAAACCGGGGUUCAUGGCAAAUACGCCCGGUGGAUCCCAUGUGGCUACUAACUUGCGCUCCGGUGCUACGUUCAACGAGUUGGAUUUUUCCGGAAACAAUGUGAACGCCUCUGCGGCGAACCCCUACUUCCAGCAGCAAAUGGCGCUGAACAACCCUAAUGCUGCAAUGGCUUUUCAGCAGCAGCAGCAGCAGCAGCAGCAGCAGCAGCGCCGGCCUGGAAUGCCGCAAAACCAGGCGCAUAUGCAGGGCAUGGGCAACCGCGCGCACUCGAUGAUGGGAGUGCCUGACUCGGCGAAGCAAGGCGCGAGUGAGAACGGUGCUCCCCCCUCCGCUGCAGCAGUGCGCGGUAGUGCAACUGCGCCCUCGACACCUGUCACAAUGCAUGCCAACGUUGCGAACAAGCAGCGUGCGCCCUCAGCUCAACGUGCGCCCUCGCAAGCCCCUAAUGCCGGCCGUCCGCUUGGCCAAGGCGAUCCUAAUGCGAGCCCCUGGCAGGCGCAUGCGUCUGCGCAAGGCAUGGACUCGCCGUCGACGCCUGGUGCUGGAAAGCAGAAAAAGAAACAAGGGCGGACAAGUACAGGCAAGACGCCGGUGAUGUCCAACCGUGCGCUGGGUGGUGAUGGCGAAGGGAACCAGGAGAAGGGUGGUGAGCAAGGCGACUGGGAUGCAAGCAGUUCCAAGAGCGACGGCGGUGUGCCCUCGUCGAACAAUGGUAUGCUGUCGAUGAGUGGCAAAGGACUUUCGCAGAGCAUGCUAGGCCAAGGUGCGUCCGGUAUGCAAGCGAGUCUACAGUCGUUGCAGCCGCAUUCCGUGCUGGGUAUGCCCUCGGCGAUGGACGACAUGACGAACGGGCUGGAUGCGACGAUGUCCUCGGACCUCGGCAACCCCAGUGCACUCGGCAUUAAUGGCGGAAUGGGCGCCGGUGUGGGCGGAACGGACGACUUUGCGAGCAUGUUUGGCGUGUCGGACAUCUUUGACUUUGACUUUGAUGGUGGAAAUGAUGCUGCGGGAAGUGGUAGCGGGCUGCUGGGCAGUGCCGGUACCUCUGGAAGCAAUCAUGCAGGCACGAACAUGUCUGCCGGGCACGAAGACAAAGCCGGAUCCGAUGCGAGCAACAAGGUGCACCUAAAGGCUGAGCCCUAA